AUGAGCUACAAUAUAACGAACCCAAUGGCUAAAGGUUCUAAUCGUGUGGAGAAUGGUGUGCUUCUUACACCUCCACCGCGUAAUGUUGGUAAUAAGGAACAUUACCAGAGGAUGAAUUACCUUUACCAACUAGCCAUGUGGAACACAAUGAGUGGGAAUGAUGGUGGUGAACAGGCGCUGGCUCGACUGUACGCCAAGAAUAUGGAUUUAGUCUCUAAGAGGACUAGAGCUGAGAUGUUACCGCAGUUAAAGAGAACUAUUUGUAAAAAAUGCCAUAGGGUAUUGGUCCCCAAGAAAACCAUGAGAGUUCAAACGGACUCGGGCUCUUUGCAACUGGUAUGUUCAUGCGGAGCAGUACGUAAUUUCCCAAUCCACCUGAAUGGUGGAUAUCGUUGUUACGCUGAAAGAGAUGAGAAUUUAAUUAGUAUGUAG